UACUCACGCUUUUAGUGGAUUGUGAAUGACAGUCGCCAUGUUGCCACACUGUAACCCAAUAAACCCAAAUCUUAGACUUUUUUUUUUUAGGGUACCUUAUGAAAGAAAGAGAGAGAGAGAGAGAGAGAGAGAGAGAGAGAGAGAGAGAGAGAGACCUAUACGAGGCUCAGUGUCCAGCCAAUAAAAUAUCAGGAAUCAAGACAUGGGCGUGGCUUAGACAAGCUGUCAAAACCAUUUAAAAUAUAUAUUUGUACAUUUACACAAAGGCACGUUUUUUGUUGUUGUUGUUGUUUUGUUUUUUUUUUAAAUAAAGAGCACGUUUGAUCUAUAUAGUGGCAUUUAUACGAAUGUAAGAUGAUUACGUAUAUUAUAUGGAUUUUUUCUACAUUAUUAAUAUUUUUAUUUGCAUUAUUUGUUAUUAUUACGUCUAAAAAUAUGCAUUCAACCAAAAUACUGCAACAUUUUAAUAAAUCUUUAAAAUAUUACAACCUAAAUUUAUUGUAAUGUAUAUAUAUAUAUAUAUAUUUAAGAAAAAUAAAACUUUCCUGUACAUUUUUGUUUUGUUUUGUUUUGUUUCUUUCACCGUGCUUCUUCUUCUUUUUUCUUGUUUUUUUUUUUUUUUUUUUUUUAAACCAAGUCCGACAUGACCACUAACCAAUCACGUUCUGAAACGACGCAUAAUUUAUAAAAUCUCCACCAAUCAACAUUUAGUAGGCGGGAACUAGAGAACAAGAAACCCAACGGCUGACUCGCAAACAGCUCUGAUUCCUAUUGGAUGAAUCGAGCACUACGUAGGGUACAGAAGUGUACUAUGUCGUGCCCUACGUAGUGGACGCGUGUGUGGAGUAGGGAAGAAUUUGGAACACCUGUUCUCAAGCGUUAUCUCACGUGCUAGUUAAGCAAACGUUUUAUUUUUUGUUUGUUUGUUGUUGUUGUUUUUUUUUUACAGAGAAAUGAAGAGAGGAAACUGGAGAGGAAGGAGGAGCAGACGCCCUCAUCAUCAUCAUCAUCCUCAUCCUCCUCAUCCUCAUGAUGAUGGCUCUGACUGGAGUAUGAGGAAUCGUCCAACAGAUACACCUGAAUCAUCAGACACAAGUUCAGGAUCAGACGCCGCUUCAUCCUCCAGAUCCAACGCCCCUGCUCCUGAGUUGCCCGGUUUUUACUUCGACCCCGAGAAGAACCGCUACUUCCGGCUGUUGCCCGGUCACAACAACUGCAAUCCGUUAACGAGGGAAAUGCUGGAGAAGAAGGAGCGCGAGAGGAAGAGGACGAAGCUGCUGGCCGAGGACGAGCGGGCGAGGAAGAAAGCUCCACGUACCGGACUGAACUCCACGCUCCUGCUGCAGAGGAGACGCCUGGGAGAGCUGUCCCCGAGCUCCUACUGUCGGCUGGUCCAUGAGGUGAAGGUGAGCGAGAUGAAGCGACACAAGCUGGAGGUGCAGAGCGCCGACUCCAGCAGCCCGAACGCGGACAACUUCCGCCUCAUCGUGGCGGACUCGGCGUGCGAGCGCGUCUUCACGGUGAACGACGUGUCGCACGGAGGCUGCAAGUACGGCAUCAUGAACUUCAGCGGCUGCAGGAACGGCUCUCUGUCUGCGCAGAUGUGCGAUAACCUGUACUUCACUAACCGCAAGGUGAACUCGGUGUGCUGGGCGUCGGUCACUCAUUCAGACUCUCACGUCCUGUUGUGCUUGGUGGGAAUAUCUCAGACUCCCGGCUGCGUCAGUUUACUGCCCGCGUCUCUCUUCAGUAACUCCAAUCCCGACCAGCCUGGGAUGCUGUGCAGUUUUAAGAUCUCUACAGCGUGGUCGUGUGCGUGGUGCCUGAACCCACAGGCUGAUAAAACCUUCAGUACUGGUCUUUCACGGAGCGUCAUCGUAACCGAUGCGGUGACGGGCCGUCGGCAGACGUACAGCACAGGAAGUGACGUUCUGGCCCAGCAGUUUGCUCUCAGAGCGCCGGUCCUGUUUAACGGCUGCCGUUCAGGCGAGAUCUUCAGCAUGGACCUGAGGCAGCGAGGCCGCGGACGGGACCACAGCUGGAAGUCCUCCUGCUUCCAUCAGGACUCGGCCGUCACCUCCGUGCGACUGCUGCAGGACGAGAACUACCUCCUCGCCGCGGACAUGCUGGGAAAGAUUAAGCUGUGGGACGUGCGUGCGAGACGGCCGGUCAGGCAGUAUGACGGGCACCACAACGAGUACGCCUACCUACCCCUGCACCUGUGUGAGCGAGAGGGGCUGCUGCUCGCAGCGGGUCAGGACUGCUACACCCGUCUGUGGAGUCUUCGAGACGGCCAUCUCCUCAGGACCAUCCCCUCACCUCACCCUGCAGGAAAGGACUCCAUCCCCAACGUGGUCUUCUCCUCACAGCUGGGGGGCCGCAGAGGACUGCCCGGGCUCCUGAUGGCCGUCUGCCAUGACCUCUAUUACUACCCUUACGGUGACUAUCAGGACGGGACGGUAUCCGAGGCACAAGGCUGAGCUGCUCCUCUCUCUCUCUCUCUCACACACACACACACACACACACACAGUCGCUGCUACAUCACCCGACAUAUCAAUCUGUAUCUGUCAAACAGACUUCUGGGUGUACUUUGGAUGCAUUCAAUCCGUAUUGCAGUUUUUAAACCGAACAAUGGACGGUUAAGGAGUGUGGAUUAUUUUGGUGUGACCUUUUAGGAAAACAAAAUAAUAAUAAAAUUUCCUAUGUUACAAGUUUUGAAAAAUAACUUUGUACGAGGGUGAAAAAGUAUGACGAAAAACGAUAUGCUUUUGAGACACCUGUUUGCCAUUAACAAUGCCGUAAUAAUAAUAAUAAUAAUAAUAAUAAUAAUGUUUUCGCUUGACUUGCCCUUCGUAAAUGAACAAAUCAUGUUUGAUUAAUGUCGUUCUCAGAAUUCAGUGAAAUGAUUAGAAGAAAAAAUAUUCAUGGCCCAUUGGAAAAAGGAAGAAAAUAUUAAAAUGCUCAAGUGCUGCUGCUUCUUUCUUCUUUUCUUUUUUCAAGCAUUCUAUAAUGAGUACUACCGGGCAUCCGCUAUUAAAAGGUAUAGAUCACGCGUUCCCAAUCCUGACCCUAGAGAACCCCCUGUCCUGUACAUCUGAGUGUUUUCUCCGCUUCUAACAGCCUGAUUUCGUCUGA